ACAAUUACGCGUUUCAUGUGAUUGCUUAAAAUUAAACACCAAUCAUUCUAUAUAUACCUUCUUCUUCUUCUUCCCACUCUUCAUCUCCACCUUUUUUUCUCUUACAUCUUCCAACCAAAAUCAUACACAUCGAUCACAACUACUUCAUUAUUUUCAUCCCACUCUUCUUUCUUCUUUCUUUCACUCAAAAUUUACUCUUCAAAUCCACGAUUUCGAACAUGGCGUGCUUGGUAUCUCGCUCGGGAAGGGAAUUGCAGAGGUACAACAACAUGGGUGGCCGCCAAGUUGUUGGGUGCAUACCUUACAGAUAUAAACAAGACGUAGAUGGUAACAUCAGUGACGAAUUGGAAGUACUUGUCGUUAGUUCUCAGAAAGGCCAAGGAUUGAUGUUCCCUAAGGGAGGAUGGGAACUUGAUGAAUCUGUGGAAGAAGCAGCUUGUAGGGAAUCUCUUGAAGAAGCAGGAGUAUUGGGAAUUAUUGAGCAUGAAUUGGGGCAGUGGUAUUUCAUCAGCAAAAGACAUGGCAUAUAUUAUGAAGGGCACAUGUUCCCCAUGUUUGUCAAGGAACAGCUUGACACGUGGCCAGAGAAAAAUUUACGGAGAAGAAUUUGGAUGACUGUUGGUGAAGCAAGAGAAGUUUGUCAGCAUUGGUGGAUGAAGGAGGCAUUAGAUAUAUUGGUUAAAAGAAUAAGGGUGUCUUCAGAACAAGGAAAAAAAGAUAUGGUUUUGGAUGAUUCUUUAGGGUUUUAAACAGUUUAAUUAAUGUAGGGUAGGUCUCAGAAUGUCAAUAUUUUGUUAUAGAGAGGAACAAAAUUGUAGAGAAAAAUGGAGUUACAAUUUUUAUACAAAUUUAAUGGUACACAUUUCAAGAGUUAAAUAGUUUCAUUUCGGUC